CAUCGAUUGUUAUCUCCGAGAUGUUCUCUUUGCUUUCCGUUCGAGGCGUCUGGUUACAAGUGGUAGAAGAUGGAUGAAACACUGAAGAAAAGUAAGUGUUAAAAAGAUCCGCUUUUUCUUUCGCCGUCUUGGCUGUGAAACCAUUAUAUGUUAUUUCGUUGCUCUGACCUGUCCGGUGGUGAAGAAUUGAUUUAUGGUAACUAGUAGGCCUAUUAUAGUUAAAUUGGAUCAAUAUAUAGGGAUUGACCCGGGGACCUCUAAGCAUAGAUAUCUAUGCCUCUAAGUAUAAAUAAAAGUUAGUUUAGUUAGUUAAUUAAUCCUGUAGGCUUUAGCUUGAAAUGAACAGUUAAAUUGAUUCAGCAUUUGUAGCUAUAUAAGGCGAGGGCUAUCAUCGCCUAUAUCGUAUAGAUUAAUGUUAUAUAAAGCCUUUCAACAUUGCUGUAAUCCUGCAUGUAUCUACAUACAACAUUAAGAUUACGAUUGCCAAUGGACAUUGCAUGCAGGUGCUUUAAUAUUCAUUUGCAUAUUAAAUAAUACAUCAUUCUUCACUUCCUUCAGCAGUUGCAUAUUUCAUGCAAGCAUAAAAUUAUACACAGUUUGGUGAACACUACAUGCUUGUGAGUUUGCACAAAAGUUGUAAUUAAAGUUGGUCGUAUAAGAAUAGAUUGGAACUGGAUUAUCAAUGAACUAUAUAGGUUUUUGUGAAGCGAUACUAUAGAAGACGACGCAAUUGACAGGAACUGCAUGCAUUAAAAUCAAAGGUAAGCGUGAGUUAAAAGCAUGUCUAUUAUCAAAAAAUGUAACGCGUAUAUAGUAUAAUGAGUUCCAUUAGUGAUCAAAAGGAAUGUCUUGGUAUUGACCAUUGUAUAUAUGAGGAGAGGAAACCUAGGUGCUGCUGUAUAUAUUCAACGAAUCUACAGUAUAGCGUGUCUUACUAUCAUUUCUUUGAUUAAUCUUGUGCUGUAGCUCAAACAUAAAUCUACUUGCUACGUAACCUAUAUAUAUGCAAGACACCUGUCAACAUUUUAGGGCAAAUAAAGAAAUAAUUAAUUGAGUAAGGUGCCAAACCAAUAGCAUACACUCGUUGGGAAAAAUUUCUUCAGCCGCCUUUAUGGACGAUACGAUUUGCUGGCAAUAUACUGAGUUCUACUCAUGUUGGCCUUGAGCUUCAUUGUAUAGUUUCCUAAGAUUACGUGGUCUAUAUUGCCUUCCUGCGAGGCAUCAGUUCAUUCAUAUGACGUAUCUAUAGAUCGAUAUUUACAUCAAUGCAUCAUCGUAUAUAUCGGAACACCAUGGCACAAAUUAAUAAUAUUCUCAAAUAUAUAGUUAACCCUAUUUAUUAGAAUGUUGAUACUUUCUAAGUUAUGAGGUAUAGAUGUAUAUAUUAUAUAUUUGGUGUUUUAUUCAGAUAUAAUCAAUAAUUCAAAGUAAACAAGCAGUAAGUGCCCCCAUGCAAAUUGUGUUUUAUCUAUAUGGUAGCCUAAAUAGUGUUAUAUUAUGAGAACCUGAAAUAUGUGAUUUCUUAUCUGAUUGCUCCACGGUUUUCAUCGCUAUGCUAUAUAGUAAAACACACAUGCCUGCAGCCAGCCAGUUCUGUGAUAAAGUUUAUAAGCAUUGAAAUAAAGUUCACGUAUUUACGUUCGUGAAUCACUGACAUACGUAGGAGAGAAUAGUUUGAACGUCACUAAAUGUUUCGUGCAAGACCGUGAGACUAACUUAAUUAAAAUAAUGAAAUUAUCGAAAAAAGAAACAUUUUCACAUAUAAAUAUGUAAUAUGACAGGCGAGAUACAUCAACGUAUCUUAUUUAGUAAUUAUGGAUAGUGUUCUGUGGUUAUCGUGUUUGUCUAUAUAACAAUAGAGGGAGAUAAAAUCCCCCCAUUAAUCCAUAUCAACAAGAAUUUGUACAAUUAGAUCAUAAGGAAAAAACAACAUGGUUUUUCUAGUGCGUUCGUUGGUCACAAUGCUAAGCAGAAGAAAUUCUUCACAACAUAACUAGGUAUAUAUACUACUUUUCUUAAUUUCCAUACCUUAUAUAAACAGUCAUAGAACUCAGGGGCAGUACUCUGUGUGAACUUCGGUUAGUUUUUGAUCUCAACAUCGAUCGAUUAGAAUGUUCUGAUCUUGUUUUGUCCCAUGGCCAAGCUGUUUCUCACGCUAAAAAUAUUGUGUAAUGUUCAGACGAAUACAAAGAUCAAAUGCACGGACACGGUAAUAACAAUGAACCAAGAAAACGUGGCCGUCACUGGAACUCUAGGGAGAACAGUUUAGAAGUAAUAGUGCUAGCCAUGUGGUAUAUAAAUAAAGUUGUUUAGUUUAGCUUUCCUCAAGAAGUGACACUGAGCAUAUAAAAGAUGACAUUUACUAUAGACUUCCUGUAGUAAUCUAACCAGAGCAUUAACCUAUAUAUAUAUAUAUAUGCCUAAAUUUAUAAAUGAAUGAAACAUACACAUGAAAUUUCUACAAAAAUACAAAACAUUUUAACGUUGGUUCAAUCAAAGCCUAUCAAAGAGAAGAUGGCUGUAAAACUCAUUACAAUAACAAUAUACCUCAUUAUCUAUGUUAGCCAACGUUUAUUCAUAAAUCUGGUCCUUCACCGUCACGUGUGUAUUGUAUUUUUGCCAAAUCCACCAAUAGCAAUUUCCAAUUUCCCUAUUGUUCGAGUCACGGAUGUAGGUAACUUUCCUAAAACAUUGCUAUUGGUUAGUUGGGCAAAAAUACUAUACACACGUGACGGUGAAGGACCAGAUUUAUGAAUGAACGUUGACUAGCAUAGAUAUAAAUUAGUUAUAUUGUUAUUUUAAUGAGUUUCAUAGCCAUCCUCCCUUCGAUAGGCUAUGGUUCAAUCAAGUGAAAUGAAAAAAAAAAAUCCUGGUAUUAUAAUAAUAAAACCAUCUACUAUUGUAGUAACCAUCUGAUCCUAUAAUGGUAAACUAAAAUUCAGGGGCGUAGGAACCGGGGCGGGGGCAAGGCCCCAAGUUUUCACUAGAAGACAUAAAAAGUGCCCUUUGCCUUUGUGAAAAAUAUUGUUCAGAUUGCAUUUAUUUUCCCUUCCUUCUCCCCGUCGCCAACAUUUCCGGGAAGAACGUUUUAGGUGCCCUCUUCAUUCCAAAAGUGACCCUCGAAACCGGUGUCCCCCUCCCCCCUCCAACCUUUUGAUGCUUCCUACGCCCGUGCUAAAAUUAUUAUCCAUUAUUCUUCAGCUCCUGCGACUGUACGACAUAACGUGUUGAUGAAGAAAAGCUGGAAAUGAUUCAAGGUUUCUUAAUAUUUCAAACUGUAGCCGAGAUUAUUAUUUUACUCCUGGGUACAAUCGGUAAUGUGUUAGUGGUAUUGGUGAUUGCUAAGCGACGAAAGAUGCGAACUGUAACAAAUUAUCUCAUUCUAAAUCUGGCGUGUGCCGAUCUCACUGUACUAAGUAGCAACAUUCCUAUCGAUCUGACCACUCGGUUUAUGAAGAGAUGGGUGUUUGGUAAAGCGACGUGUAAGAUUAUAAAACCGUUACAAACUAUGGGAACCAUUGCUUCGAUAUUGACAUUGGUGGCCAUAAGUCUUAGCAGGUAUGAAAAGAUACAUGAAAAAUAGGAAUGAUGUUUUCAAGUACUGUUCCUAUAUGAAGUCCCCAAUCUUGGUAACCUGUUAACAGACUGUACUGUUUAUUAGAGGUGUGACUUCGAUAUUCGAAAUAAAAUGAAUUAAUUAUCCAGAAUCAUGCACUUUGUCAGCUUCUUGACAUGUAUUUCUUGCUUUUAUAUUUAUUUGGUUAAAUAUUUCCACUUGAAUGAGAAAAGAUCGGAUCGGAUUAGACAAUUUCGGAUCGGAUUGGAUUUUAAACAUUAGCCAAUGGACCAAUCCCCAAUUAACCAAAAUUUUGAUCUCAACAAGUCUAGACAAAAUUCCAUCAUAGCAUGAAAGGGCAUCACAAAAUUAGUAAUAUUCCAAAGUUUCGUUGCGAAAUGUUGUAAAAUGCGGAUAAUAUAGCCUUGCGAAAUUUGCAAUUUUCAGUCAUUUUCGAUUACAAACGGGAAAUGGUUACCACUUUUCCAAAAUUUUGAUCUUAACUAGCCUAAACAAAAAUUUCAUCACAGCUUGAAAGAGCACCACAAACUGAAAUUAGUAAUAUUCCAAAAUUUCAUGGCAAAAUGUUGUAAGAUGCGGAUAAUAUAGCCUUGCGAAGUUUGUAAUUUUCAGUCAUUUUAGAUUACGCACAGAAGUGGUAACCAUUUCCCGUUUGUAAUCUAAAAUGACUGAAAAUUGCAAACUUCGCAAGGCUAUAUUAUCCGCAUUUUACAACAUUUUGCAACGAAAUUUUGGAAUACUACUAAUUUUGUGAUGCUCUUUCAAGCUGUGAUGAAAUAUUUGUCUAGACUUGUUGAGUUCAAAAUUUUGGUUAAUUGGGGAAUGGUCCAUUGUCGGAUUAUAAACGUCCAAUCCGAACCGAUGCACACCUCUAUUGUUUAUUGCACUCUUGGCCCAUUUCCAUGGCCUCGUUUUCAUGUUGUUAUUCCUCAUGUUUCGUAUACAAUAGGUUUAAGGAUGGUUUUGUGAUUGGGCUCAAGUUCAAAGUGAACCAGCUGUGUGCAUGAAAGAUGAGGAUAUAACCUUUACGUCUGGCUGUCAUGCUAAAACAAGCAAACAUGAACACGAGGUCAUUGGGGCUAUUGAGAUAUUUUUCCCUGUUGUACAGAAUUUGCAUAACCAACAUAAAUCCUCUAUUAAGAGGCAUUUGAACUAUCCGAUAAACCAAUCAGAUGGGUUUGAUAUGUUCGAUCAGUUGCGUACUAGGCCAGUGAAAGCGGUAGUGGAAGUCAAAUGUAAACCUCUAUAAUAAUCGGACAACUGCAUUUUGCAGGAAUCAAUCCAUUACUAAUGUGCCAUAAAUAACCUACCACUCAGAACCCGACCCCCAAAAAACUAUGCUAUCUUAAUUUUACUAUCUAUUUCUAGAUAUCAUGCGAUCGUGUAUCCAUUUAACCGGCAAAUGAAGUUAUCGCAUGCCAGAGUGGUAUUGGUGGUUAUAUGGAUAGUCUCUCUGGUUGGUAUAAUACCGUAUGCAAUGGCUUGCAAAUAUUAUCCUAUUGAAACAGACUGUGGUGAAGAUUUUGCAAGUAUUGGCAUGUCACCCAGGGCUUACACGCUGACUAUGUUUAUGUUACAAUACGUUCUACCGAUGAUAGGAAUGACCUACGCUUACAACAGGUAAAGAUAAAAACAUUUAUUGACUGCAGGGAUCGAGAGACACAGUGUGUUUUGUAAUAGCCCCUGGUUUUGAGGACCCGGGACUGCCACACUUUCUCGAGGCAAACAUCUGCAGUCUACCGUUUGCCUACGACGAUGUUCAAAUGUGUUGGGAUGGAUAUCCAAACUAUCUAUUAUCUUGACAAACUUCUACCCCCUCAUAUUUCAAUGUUGGGUUUCAGUUAGAAUCUUACUUUGGUGUAUGAUCGGGUAAACAAUAUUGAAUGGGGUGAGGGUGAGGGAGCUACAGUUGUACGUUUGCCAUAAUUUGCAUGUAUCCACUGAUAAUUUAAAACUGCAGAUGUCCCAUCAAUGGUUGUACGUAGCUUGAUUAUAUUUAUUAUUAAAUAUUUUUUUUUAGAAUCGGAGCAGAAUUAAGUAACCAGCAAUGUAGAGGGUGUGGUACAUUAAUGGACGCCGAGUACAGACGAGAUACCAAGAAAGUUGUAAAAAUGUUGUCAAUAGUUGUAGCUGUGUUUGCUGUACUUGAUUUACCACUACAUAUUGUUUAUAUAUGGCUUGAUUUCUUUGAUGGUGACAAAGGUUUGUGAUUUCAAAUUAAUUUAUAGUUUAUACUUAGGGGCCUUAGGGGCCGUUCACACUAGCCAUUUAAUUAGCUCGAACGGAAAUCGAUUCAGAACCAUUACUUGUAGGUGAAUUAUUAACCAAAAAUUCUUGGUUAAUAUAUUAGUGCACCUAUAACAACAUAAUCUGGGUACCUUCGAUACCAAUGUGUUCUUACGAUCAUGAUAUUUUUUGUGUGUUUUGAUGUUAUGUACUCAGGUGAAUAUAAUGUUUCUGAUGAUACUCUGAGUGUAUAUCCACACCGGCCAAGCUUGAAAAACAUGCCUGACUACGGUUAGUCCAAUGCUCUGCCAACUGAGCUACGAGAUCAAAUUUAGGCCCUGUUUACACUAUACCGGAUUCGCUGGUCACGACAUCUUCUUUUGCCGUUACGGAGCAAUGGUUAGUAGCAAAUGCUUAUUAGUUUGACAGAAUUGGCAUGUUUAUUUGGGUCUCUGAGAUUAAAAAUCUUCACAGCCUUUCGAUACCUACAAAAUUUGACCCACUCCGAUAGCAAUCCGGUAUAGUGUAAACGGGGCCUUAGUCUAAAAGAUGAAACCGUAUAGUUUUCAAUAGUUUUUAGAUAAGGUAUUGGAAUACUCGUCUAUUCACUUAUCACUCAAUUUUCCUUUCCAUUUAGUUCCGUUCUACGAAUACAUCUUCAGUCUUGCGAAUAUCAUGCUCUACGGUAACAGCUUUAUCAACCCAAUAAUCUACAGUAUUUGCAACGACCAAUUCAGAACAGGAUUCCAAGAUUUAUUUGGUUCGUGUUUACAACCAUGUAACUUUCUUAUGAAAAUAACUGGUUUGUCAAAACCUGACCCUGACAGGACGUUCUCGCGUGCUCAAAAUGACCGCAAAUCUUUGCGAGAUGACAGACAAGACGAACGUGUAUUAACAGAUGGUAAUAAUGCGGAGGGACUUAGGAUAAAUGGUGUCAGACCAGAAUUAGAAAGAUCGGACUCUGCAUGUGGGGGUAAGUGUGCAGAUCGCAACAGACAGAGGGUGAUGUCAGUGGCUUGUACCUCAAAAUUAGAAGAAAUUGCAUACGUGUCGGCAGUGUAAGAUGAAAUGAUGAUAUAUAAUAGACCCUUAUUGGGUGUGAUGAUCCAACAGAUCUGGACUUACAGGAAAACAAGCACAAUGUUACAUCAACAUUCCUCACUGAAUCUAUAACCCACGAUAAGUUGAAAGGCAGUCGCUCCUAUAUUAGCUCCGUGUGAUAUGAUUCAUAUUAUUUUGAGCAAGGUGUGAAAACUUGAAAUUUUACCCGGAUGAAAGUUGAACACUUUUUUGAAACUCUGCCAUAUGGAUCAAAACCAGAUCUCAUUGUAAUGUUACUAUAGUGUAUUGGAGAAUCGAACCUAUACGGUCUGGGCAUCUGAAGAAACAGCGAAGUAUAUCAAGAAUUCCUUCUGGUACAGUCUACUUUGGGAAUCUGGUUGAUCCACUGUUUGAUGCUUCACUGCGGUUCAAGCAAAUUGAAAGCAUUUCUGAUAUACCAUUUCAUUUGCAGAUCACUCAGAGUUUAUACUAAACAUUGUGGACGUCCCAUUGGUCGUGCAAAUUUAAUUAUAUAUAAUAUAUUUAUUAUGAAGAUAUAUUUGCAUUAACGAAUUGUUAUAAUAAAAGUAUUUUAUUGGUGUUAGUUUGUUGGAUUAAACUAGCAACUCGUGUUCGCGACUACAGACUACACGACUUUGUGUAGUACAUUAGGGCAUGGUUAAUAAAAUACAUUACUUUAUUUUACAAUCCAUGCUUAGGAUUACUGAAAGAGCACGAAAGUUACUUGGGG